AUGUAUAAGGAAAUUGUGAGCGGCCUCACCGAAUUGGCGCACUUGAAGCAGUUGUGCAAAAAGAAGCCGGAUCUCUUAACCACCCUGAAUUCAUGCAAAGCAAAAGAAUAUGAGGAGAUAUGGCUCAUCUUGCACAAAGCAUUGGAGGAGCGCACUUCCCCAGACAAACUACUUUACGACGGAGAAAAUUCCACUUUGCUCUUUAGGGAAGAGGAUGACAGGCAAUAUUUCCUGAUGUGCAUAAAUUUCAUAUGUAUAUAUUUGCAACAUUUGGCAAAUAGUGACAAGAGGAAAAAGUACAUCAAAAUGGAUGAUAAUUUUUACGCUCUUUUUUACAAGCUCAUUGAGGUCCAAUUCAUGCUAAGCGACAGAGAAGUGCGCAUGUCCUUUGGCAAAUGCCUAUUGCAGAUAUGCGAACUAAAUUUAGAAGAAAGUGAAUUUUCAGCAAACGUGAAAGUGAACCUAUUGAUAUUUUUGUUGUGGAAAACGUGCUCCUCGGAGGGCAAAGGCGUAGACAUCAGUAGACUCAAAAAGAACAAAGAUUUGUGUAAAUAUAUAAAAUGGGGAAUUCCAGAAAAAUCCACCAACUCCUUUUAUCUGCUUUGUUCCUACUCACUGAAUCUUCCUAAGUUUUAUGCACACCCCGAUGGAAAAUUUUUCUUGGCACACGUUUGGUCACAACAUGAAAGUAUAGCGUCUCACCUUUUUAACAAAUUCCUGCACAACACGGUGCUCCUCUCACAUGAAAGCAUAAGUCACUAUUCACAAAUUAUCCAUUCGACGUGGAAGAACUGCGAAGGAGUGAUGAAGGAGACACUGGAAGUACAAAUUGAGCACCUCGUGAAUUUGGCCUUAAAAUGUCCUAUUAAAGUCGCGGCACGAUUCAGAAACGUUCUAAGUAUAUUCCACAAUAAUAAGGGGGACAAGAGCAUCAACAAUUUGAUCUUCAAAAUUUAUGAACCCGUUAUUUGGAGGAGCCUUAUGUCGCCCAACUGGAAACUUCGCUUCAAUGCGACGUGCAUAUUUCAGAUGAUUUUCCCUGUCGUGGAUCCCUGCAUAAAGAACGUGAAUUAUCUAGCCUCCAUGGAGAAAGCCUACCAGGCCCUCUUGGAUUUGGCUGAAGACGUAAACGCCUGUGUCCUGCAGGCCGUGGCCAAGUGUAUAUGUCAUGUUCUAAAUGAACUGUGGGAAAUAAUCAGCGAACAGAAAAGGUCGGCCCUGGUGGAAGUGCUGCUUACCAAACUCUUAAAAGAGAAACAACAAGACAACGUAAAGGUGGAAGUACUUCUUGGGUUCCACGAAAUGGCAAAAAAUAAGAAGAUACACAAGCUGUUCGCAAAAAUAUUCUACAGAAUAAAGCACCUCAUAAAUGAUAAAUCUCUACGCGUACGCAAAAAUUGCAUCGCCCUUGUUCUCGAAUUGAAUAAACAAUUAAAUGAAAACCUUUCCAAUCAAAUUGACUUCACUGAAUUAAUCAAGCGUGUCACCAAGGAUCUAUUCACAUACAACGUACAGUCUUGCAUAAAGAAGUUGUCUUAUGCAAAAUAUGAACACCAUGAGAAAGUAAAAAAUAAAGAGAUCUGUGAGUUCUUAAAAUUGUCUUCCAAUUUAAUCACAUAUUCUAUGUGGAAUUGUUCCAUAAAGGAGCAGGCAAAAAAAUGUGUGAAUCUAUUAAAUGAUUAUCCCGCCCUCAUGAUUUGUAUUAGUAAGUUCUCUACGAACAUGGAGUUAGUUCAGCGGUACAAGUUGGCUUCCGUGUUGUUCGAAAUUACCAACGUGAAGCUACGUGAGGAGGGGAACUCCGUGUUACUCAGGGUGGGGGGCGCUACAAAUGGCGCAAGUGGAGAAGGGUACCCAGAUGGAAUAAAUACGGGCAAACCUCAAUUUUCUUCAAAUACCAUGAGUAAUUUUCUGGAGGACCCCAUCAUCAACGGGAAGUACGUGAAGUACGCCUCCCUUUUACUCUGCGUGGCCUACCUACUCAAGCCAAAGAACGAGCAAGAAAUUGAGUUAUGUGGAUCGGAAAAUAUUGAAUAUUUUCUCAGAAACAAAUUUAAGGAGGAGUACUUCCUGGUAAGCAUAGAUACCUUAAUGCAGCAAUUCUAUUUCAAGAUACUUAAAUAUGUGAACCUUAAUGAAGACACUUAUUUGGGAAUAUACAAGUACUGUCAGAAGGAGUUACUCUGUCUUCACAGAGCUAAGAAUGAACGUGUGUGUAGGAAAUUUAUCGUCCCCUUAUUUUACAAAUGGAGCUUACUCGAUUCGGUUGUUUCGGCACACAUGAACAUUUUGAAUGCAUGUAUUGAGUUUGUGUUUUUACACACAUGUGUGGAUUCAGAAUGGGCAUCUGCCAAGGGGGGGAGUCUCUUUCUUCACGCACACAGUACGCUCCCAUUUGUGGAAAAGGAUAAACUGAAUUAUUUCGCUGAUGGAGGGGAUGUACCCGAUUCGGAUGUGGGAAGUGAUAUAAAAGUGCCCUCCUUGCGUUACGACAAAAAAGACAUGUGCGUGGAUGAAAAGGAAAAAGAAAAAUUUUACAUAAAUGAAGAGAAGGAAAUCAAUGCUCUCAUUCUUUUAUCACUUAUUGUUAAAAAGAAAAAAUAUCAUCACAUGUUAUUUAAGUCAUUCGAAAGCAUUAUACAUAAUUUCGUUUUCAAAUUCAAUUCUUAUCUUCUGUUUAUAUUUGACAAACUAACGCAGAGUGAUUUCGAGCUAUCCCGUCAUUUUAUAUCUCCUCACUAUGAUGAUAAAGGGGAGUUUAACUUUGUACAAUUCUUACUUUAUGAUAGUACUAAAAUAAAAGGGUACUUUCAUUUGUACAUUUCGUUUUUCUUCUUUUGUUAUACGUCUAAGAGGAGCAACUUUCCGCACGACUGGCAUACCUUAAUUGACAACACGUUGCGGAGCAUACAUCUGAUCAGUUCAGUUAAAUUUAAAAACGAGAUUGAAAUUGUUACGAGUGGGAGUUUAGCAGGGGUGACUACGUUAGGGGAAAGGGCUGCGCAUGUAAAUGACAGGGUUGCUCAAUGGGCAACCUACACCAGGACGAUCCUCCACUUUCUCAUGCACUUCCUCGACAUGGUCGAAUUCACGGUCGCCAUGAAGAUGACGCCGAUAGAAGACCUCGACUUCAGCGACUUGGUUAAAAACGUGUUUAUGUUUUACAAAUGCUACGAACUCGUCCAGGGGGGGCUAAAUGGGCACGAAAAGGGUGGCACAGAAGAUCACACGGACGAGCGCGAAGGGGGGCGCGCCCUGUGUCAGAUUUAUCUCGGAGUGUGGAGCAGAGUAAGCGAAUUCCUCCUGUUCAUAUUAAACUGCGAUUACUUCGAGAAAAAAACAGAAAUAAAGUUAUCCGUCCUGUAUCCAUUUUUCCUAUUUACGUACGAAGUUGUGCAUAAGGAGGAUAUCGAACGGGUCAUGAACAAAUAUGCAGCUUUAAUUAAAGAGAGAGAAACCUUUUUUAACUUUAUAAAAAAUUACAAAAAAAAUAACAGCAUGGUGAGUUACAUGCGAGAGAGUCACGUGAAUUACAUUCAAGGCAUCCUGGACAACAUUUCAAUGCCCAAGGAGAAGGCAAAGAAGGGAUCCUCUUAA